AAAUAAAAUAAAAACAAAUUAAGACCAAAAUAUCACAUUACUGUGGGUGGAACCCACUGCCAACUCAUUAGAGCUACCUUUAGAGCUCAAAAAUUAGACCUUCAAAGCAUUUUUCAUCAUCUAAAAGGUUGAUGAUGCCAGUCCAAAAUUUAUUACACCGUAGUCUUAUAUUAUUGACCAUAGUGCAGCAGUGAAGAGUAAGAAAACACUAGCCUAAAUCUCCCACACCAUUACGAAGAUGGCAGACAAUACUACUACUACUACUAGUCUAUCUCACUCAAACAAGCUACAAGGCAAAGUUGCCAUCAUCACCGGCGGCGCCAGCGGCAUCGGCGAAGCGACAGCACGUCUCUUCGCCAAUCACGGCGCACGCGCCGUCGUAAUCGCUGACGUCCAAGACCAAAAAGGCCAAAAACUCGCCGAAACCAUCGGCGCACAUCGUUGCAUCUACCUCCACUGCGACGUCACCGACGAAGACCAAGUCAAAUCCAUGGUCGAAUCGACGGUCCAGAUUUAUGGCCAGCUCGACAUCAUGUUCAGCAAUGCUGGAAUCAUAAGCAGCUCCGAUCAGGUAAUCCUCGACCUCGAUUUUCCACAAUUCGAUCGCCUUUUCGCCAUCAACGUCCGUGGCAUGGCGGCUUGCGUGAAGCACGCAGCGCGUGUGAUGGUGGAACGGCGCGUGAGGGGGAGUAUUGUGUGCACGGCGAGCGUGGCGGCUAGUAAGGGGACGAAGAAGCUCGUGGAUUACACGAUGUCGAAGCACGCGGUGUUGGGGCUGGUUCGGGCGGCGAGUCAGCAGCUUGGGGAGUAUGGGAUUAGGGUGAAUAGUGUGUCGCCGUACGCGGUGGGGACGCCGAUGAUGUGUAAGAGUCUCGGGAAGGAGCCGGAGGAGGUUGAGGAGGCUUUUGGGGUGAUGAAUCCAUUGAAAGGGAUUGUGUUGAAAGUUGACCAUGUUGCGGAUGCUGUGUUGUUUCUCGCCUCCGACGACUCUGCGUUUGUAUCCGGCCAUGACCUUGUUGUGGACGGUGGAUUCAUGAAUCAUUAAUCGUGAAAUUGAUCAAUGUUUUGUGUCAAUUGUAAGUGUGGAAAUGGCCAGAAAUAGAGUUGUUGUGCCAAAAAGUAGAAGGCGUCCAUCUCUAAAUGAUUCCAAUAAUGAAAAGACUAU